UGAAGUAAGAUGAUUUCGUCGGUGCUGUUAUACCGCAGUAUUAUUGGGCUGUUACUUUGAAUUUGUACCGUCUCCCAUCAAGAAAUCGAGACCGGAAACGAUCUCAGCAGCAACAAUAACGCUAUUUAGGCUAGUUUGACGCUGCUGACAGAUAGCCGGUGUUUGGAAGUAGUACGUGUCACUCUACAGCUGUGAAAAGGAGUUUAACGAAAAUGGGAAGAGGUUAUGUUGUUGAGGCUGUAUUGGAGAAAUAUUUCUCCAAUCUAGAAGCAGGCAGUGCAGCCUUUACUACUGGUUUAUUAAUAGGUCAGUCCUCACCCCAAAGAGACUUUGUGGUACUAUCUACAAAGACGCCGCAGAGAGGGACCGAGAGCAGCAGCGGUUCAUUGGAAGAUGUUGAUACUGAGUGGGUGACUGAGCAUGCAAAACAGGUAUCCCGAAUGCUGCCUGGUGGUCUAUCUGUACUUGGCGUGUUCCUGAUAGUUCUUCCAGAGCUGUCAAAAGAAGCCAUGAAUGUCCUGCGAAAGCUAGUUUUUGCAGUUGACAAGUACUUAUCUAAAGGAAGGCUUUGGGAUGGCACAUAUGAGGAUGUCACGGAGAGGGUUGCGCUUCAGAUCUGCUCCAAAACCCGGAAAGUCGUUUGCAAAACAUUUGAUGUUAAAGACCCAAAGAGCUCAGCUAAACCAGCAGAUUGGAAGUACCAGAAUGGCGUCUCUUCCAACUGGCCAGUAGUAACGUGCUCCGUUGGACUGAACCUUCGCCUCCCAGUAUCGGACAGGUCUUCAGAGGACAAGCACAAGUGCAUUAAGGAAGGACUCCAGAGGUGGGCCAAGCAAAUCGUAGCCAGCACCUGUCUCAUUAAUGGCAAGGUCAUGGCACAGGAGGCAGAGCUGGUGACGGGACCAAAGAAAAGCCCCAAACUCAGCCAGCAGAAACUCCAGGCUCAGGUCCUCCUAUCUCCUACAGAGUGUCAGCCGGAGCUAAGCUCAAGCGUGGCGGCUCAGCCCAGCGCCUCGGUGCUGAUCAGAGGGCAGGUCUCCUGCAGGGCCUAUCUCCACUCCAACAAACCCAAAGCCGGGCAGGCCAUGGAGGCCAUCAAGAGAGACAUCAUGAACACUGUGUCCUGCAGGGUGGACAUGCUCUUCGAUGACUUCUUCAUGAACCAGGCAGAAGAGAGAGGGGCGGUGGAGGGGCAGCAGAGUUUGCCUCUUAGAGUUUUUGCCCCUGUGCCUGAGGCCGGUUUCUGCGUGUGUGAUUACAUGUUCCCCGGUGAGAGCGUGUCGGAGGCGGCGGAGCACUUCCAGGAGAUGCUGGACUGCAGCAUCACAGAGGAGAGCAUCAGCUCCGGCCUGGAGGUCAGUCGCGUGGAGCCGCCCGCAUCUGCACACGACACAGGCGUCAGCCGGGAGGAGGCCUCUUCACACCUGCAGACGGAGGCCCCUAAAGACGUCCCCAAAAAACGGAGGAGCUUCGAAUACUUUGUUGGAGCGGCAGUGGCUGGAGGAGUAGCCCUCUUGGCAGCAGUCACCUCCCUGCUCUAUUUGGGGGAAUAACUACGCGAUGGGACUGAGAGACACAGGAGAAAUCAUAGAGGACACAUGGCUGAUGCAUCGACACAGAUUCAUUCUAAUGCAUAUUCAUUAUACAUUUCUGAGUUGAUUACUCAUAUAUGGUCACACUUUGUAUUGCAUAGCCCCUGUUUGUGUCAUGCCUGCUCUGUUGAGGGUCAGUAAUAACGACUCAUUGGUGUUGCUGCAGUGGGACAGGGAUUCUGUAGUAUGAAAUCAGAGUUAUAUACAGUUGAAUAAAUUAUCUUUUAUUUUUGUGCUACGCAA